AUGAACGGCGAAUGCACCCCCAGCGACUCGACUCGCUCGAGCGAAUCGGCUCAUGCUAGCAACAAGACGGUUCCAAAACCAGCACUCCAGCAGUCAACGGACGCGAAAGUCACCAAGCCGAAACGCACUGUGGUCCAUGUUGCAUGUGCUUGUUGUAGACGACUUCGUAUUAAGGUAAGAGUAGCAUUCUCUCGGCCAGAGGGCUUGGUUGACAGCUGGUGGCAGUGUGACGGAGUCAGGCCGACUUGCCAACCAUGCGCCAGAAGAUACGAAGAUUGCGUGUACGAUGUUGAGGCCAACACGACGCGGUCGAACGCGCUGAAGCGCAAGAAUGAAGAGCUUGCAAAGGAAAACACCCAGCUUCGAAGGCUGUACGACUUUCUCCUCAACCGUCCACUGGUCGAGGCCGAAGAGAUCUUUCGUCGCAUUCGCAGCACUCAGGAUCCACUUGAAGUCUUGCGUCAUGUCACCACUGCCGACAUGCUUAUGGCCCAGAAGACUGCCCCAGAUACCCACAUGCAGAGCCAGGAUUCUCGACCCAGUUCAUCCAAGGGGAAACACGUCUCAGGGUUACGCAGAUAUGAUCCUGUUCACGACAAUCAGUGA